UUUCGUGACUUCUCUUCCUACAGUUUUCAUGCGCAAUUCCUACGAUUUUUAUAGUGGAUAUCUUUUUCUUUUCUCAAGUUUGAUACUAGAUUCGUACGUCUCCAUCUUCAAGCAAAUUGAUGGGUUUGAUCUCGUUGCAUGGAAUUGCAUGUUCUCUAGAUACAUCCAAUGGUCCAGCUCGACGAUGCCUGUUGCCUGUUUGAUGAAAUGCCUGAAAGAAGCAAUCUCUUUAGAAAAAGCCCAUUUGCGAGAUGUGGAGGGAAAGUAUUCAGUCGAAUGUUUAUUUUUUUUCCGUGUGAAUUGGCUUCAAGGUAUUUAUUGUGUGACAUGCAGUAAUUCUUUUGGCGUCUGACUAAAAGUCCUUUUUUCCUUGAAACAGGAUCUUCUGUAUUUGGGCAGAAGCCUGGCUUUGGAGGCUUUUGAUCAACUCCAACUCAAACAAGUCCUUUUAAUUCAAGAUCUGGUGGAUGAUACCCAGAAAUGGAAAGUCCAACAGUGAUGUUCUUGUCAAAUCUCAGAUGCUCCUCUUGGAAGCAAGGGAAGAUUCUUCACUUAAUGACAAAACCAUCGACUCAUUUGAUGGGAACACAUUCUGCAUACUGUUAAUGCCUGUGUUUAAUGGUGAUUUUCAAACCAGUUUGCUGGGGAAUUCUACCACCAAGGUUCAGUUCUGCGUUGAAGCCAUGACUUUAACUGGAUUCCACUUCGCGGUGACUGCUUUGGUUGGUUUGGUUUCAAAUGCUACCAGUCAUUCUGCAUCGAAGCAUGUGCCUUUGUGGGAGCUUCUAUGGUUCUCGAUUGUGGCUAACAUGUCCAUCACUGGGAUGAACUUGAGCCUUAUGCUCAACUCUGUCGGAUUUUAUCAGAUUUCAAAGCUGAGCAUGAUUCUGGUGGUUUGUGUAAUGGAAUGGAUACUUCAUAGCAAACGUUACUCAAGAGAAGUGAAGAUGGCUGUGAUUGUAGUUGUUGUAGGCGUUGGUGUCUGUACGGUAACGGAUGUAAAAGUGAAUGCCAAGGGUUUUCUUUGUGCUUGCGUAGCUGUCUUUGCCACAUCCUUGCAGCAAAUUGUGCCAUUUACCAAAUUUAUAUAUUGGAAUGGAAUACAUGCGGACACAGUUUUAAACUUGCUGGACAGGAUUGUCCCAGCUAUUUGGCGUUGGCUAUUGAAUGUGUCUGUUUCUUUGUGCUUGUUGUGGUGAGCAUCUUCUUUGUUGCAUCUCAUAUAUGACGAGUGAACUGUGACAUUCUGUUUGAAGCUCAAGUUUAGGAAACUAUUCAAGACCACCUACAAAUAUUCAACAUUG